AUGUUAAAGAAGUUUAUACAGAACAAUUGUUUGGUAUUCAAUUAUCGAUUAAGGUACAGAAAAUUAUCUUCUCAAAAUGAACUAUAUGUAAUGAGACAUGUUACAAAGAGAUUAAGUGAAUUUGGUAAGCUGUUGUAUGUUAAACCUAAUUUUAAGACAGUGGAGUCUAGUAUCGGUAAUAAACCGAGCAGUAUCGAUGUAGUAAUAGCAAGUUCGAAUCUAGAAUCUCUUUCUAGAGUUCUUUUCAAUAUAAAGGCUAUUCAAUUACCUAAUUUAGCUUCGGUUAAACCUAUAUCUCACCUGAAUAUUGAAUCUGCAGAUUGCGAGAAUAAACAGUCAUUGGCCGAUUUAACCAAUGAUAACCAUGAAUAUCUGGAAUCAGUAGAGAAUAGUCUACUAGAAGAAUGGUCUAAGUACAGCUUUCCAUCAGGAAAUACUACUAUGAGAAAUUAUGAAGCUUCAAACUCAAUAUGUGAAAUAACACUAGAUAACACAAUAUAUUUCAAUUCAUUUCCUUCAAAGAUUACCAAAUUAGAUUUAGAGGCGUCGAAUAAAGAAACUGAUAGUAUUUCAUUUAACAAAUAUAGAAUUGACUAUUUUAUAAAUCAAAAUCGUUUUGAAAAGUUGCAUGAUCCCAGAUUGCAGAAAGACUCUUAUCAAUCUUCAUUAAAGGACUCAUUAAAAUUAUUCCCAUAUUUAUUUAAAGAUUAUGAGACUCUACCAGGUUCUCUAAAAAAAUGGAUGAGUAGUAUUGAUCAAGAAGGACAUGGUACUGAAAUGUCAGAUAGGGAGAAGCACUCUCUUGAUAUAUUAUUUCAUGGAUUCAAAUAA